UUAAGAAGUACAGAUGUGUGUCGGAUUUGAACAAGGCUACAGGCUUGUCACGAAGAAGUUUACCUCGGACCACCUCUAAGGUAAUAGAGAUUCGAGGAAGAGCCCGUCUCACUCUCGUAAGAGAGCAGAUUAAGAGACAAGUUGUCUCAUUCAUGGAGAGAGAUGAUAUGAGCGUAUGUAUGCCAGGCAAAGCAGAUUCCAAGAGCCUAAAUGGUAUCAAACAAGAAUAAUGAAUGAUUAUCUGUCUGAGGUGUAUGCUAAGUUCAAGAUUGAAAACCAGAAUAUGAAGCUGUCAUCUGCAUCAUUCUGUAGGCUACGGCCCAGGUACAUCUUGCUGACAUCACACAUUUCAUGAAACACUUGCUUAUGCAACAAACAUCAGAAUAUGGCCAUGAAACUCAAAUGUCUGAAAAGUGUUGGAUUCCGUAAUCACUGGAUAUGGCGUAUGACAGUGUAUCCGUGGACGCAAUGGGUCAGAUGCUGGAAACCAUUCAGGGUGACGUAGAAUAUGAUGAGUGGAAGCGUGUGGAUGUUGAGGGAAAAAAGAAAAUGAAGGUGGUGAAGAUAACAAAGAAUGCCACUGACUUCAAGAAUUAUAUGCUUCUUGAAUAUGCUGAGUUCCGUGACCACGUUGGAAGAGUAAAGUCGCAAUAUGCAGCUUUCCAUGAGUUGAAGGAUACACUUCCAGAUGGCCAUAUCAUCAUACAGAUGGACUUUGCUGAGAACUUUACCUGUUCCAGUAUGGAUGAAAUCCAAAGUGCAUACUGGAACCCAACAAAUGUCACGCUUCACCCUGUAGUAGUAUACUACAAGGCGGACAAACUGGAUAACAAAAACUUUAUCUAUGUGUCUGACGUCAAUCAGCACAACUCGACUGCGGUACUCACAAUCCUCAAACUGAUGUUACCUGAACUGAAAACCACUUUCCCUUAUGCAACGUAUGUUCACUAUUGGACAGAUAGCUCGUCAUCACAGUACCGAAAUCGGUACAUGUUUGAUGUCAUUCUGAAACAUACGAGCUGUUUGGGCUUGAGGCAUUUUGGAAUUAUUUUGAGUGUGGCCACGGGAAAGGCCCCUGUAAUGGACUAGGAGGUGCUUGUAAACGACAGGCAUCCAACGCAGUAGAAACAAGGCAAAGCUACAAUUCAAGAUGCCCACGAUUUUUAUGAGUAGGCGAGACACAAUCAAAAAUCAAUCCAAUAUAGAUUCUACUCUACUGCUGAAGUAGAGAAGGCUGUGCAGGACAUAUCUACUUCUAACGCAAAGGUUUUACAUGGUACAAUGAAGUUGCACGCAGUCAUGCAGCAGAAUGGGGUUCUUUUUUCAAGAACUGUAUCAUGCUGUACAGGUUGUCUAAGCAGCAAUGAUUUAUGUGAUGAUUGGCGGAGUCACCAUGUUGACCAAACCAUAUCCCAGGAAACACAUAUACUGAAGUCCACACAGGCUUCUGUAUCCCCUGUACCUGCUGCACCUGCUGUGCCUGCUGCACCACAUGUACUUGCUGUCCCAGUUGGCAGAUUUCUGGCUGCAAUAUAUUAUGGCAACUGGUUCAUCGGGAAGGUUCUCGAAGUUGAUAUAGAUGACGGCGAUACCAAAAUAACUUUCAUGGAGAAAACAAAAGACAAAGGCAAGACUUGUACGUACAAGUGGCCAUCUCGUCCUGAUGAAAUUUGGAUAGAAUUUGACGAUGUGCUCUGCUUUAUUGAUGAACCGGUCACUAUUAGCAAAACAAGGCGCCAGUACAACAUAGCUGCACGUGACGUUGCCCGUAUUGAGAAGGCAUUCAAAUGAACAUUCACUUUGUAUUUUUUACAAAUUUCCCAGAUUUCAACCACAAUGCCUCAAAAAGCAUCAGAUACGUUAUGUUAUAGUUUGUGUUUAAUGUCAUAUGGAGAAAAUAUAAACCUCAUUUUUCAUAUUAAUGUUUAAACGUCAGACGUUUUUAAGCCAAAGAUCGGGCACUUGUGAACUUUUGUUGUUGAUUCAGGUUGACAUCAGAUACGUCAGAUUUUGCAGUUGAAGAUUAUUCCUGUGUUCUCAGUAGACCAAUACUUGAUGGCCAGGGAAUUGGCGUGUAGUUUGUUCGAUGUUUGUACCAAUGUUUGUUAUCAAGUUAUUUUUGCAAAAUGAACAACCUUUCAUAGCUAAUACGUGUCUGUUAUUAUUUGCUAAUAUCUGUAGAAAAUGUGUUUCUUGAACAGGUGUCCGCGACACUGUCCUAUUUGGAGACAAAUGAUCCCUAGGCAAUGACU